CGGGAAUGUAUUGCUGCUACACCGCUGUCCCACGCUUAACUGUCCGCCGUGUGUGUCAGGGGCAUUGACGGUGCGCUUUAAUGCCUAAACUUGGACCGCUCGUGGAGAAAUCUGCUCAUCCACUUUGUACAGGGACAAUGCAUACAACGAACAGUGUGGAGUGCUCUAAAAAUUGAUCUCCAUGACAUCACAAUAUUCCCUGCAGACGUGCUGAGUGGAGGAGCCCUACAGCAGCAGGAUGGCAUCCCCUUCACCCCACGAUCGCAGCAGGAAGGAAGACGAGGAUGACCCUGUUGAGCAGAUGAUAUCCCGCACUGGCUGCACUCAGCUCCACUACGCUGUACAGGACUGCAUGGCAGAACACCAGGACUGGCGAGUUUGCCAGACUCAGGUCCAGGCUUUUAAAGACUGCAUGAUGAAUUUCCAAAACAGGCGGAAAGAGCAGCUGAAGAAGCAGCAAACUUCCACCGACUCCACAACCAGAUGAGCUCCCAGAUGGCCACCCUGACAUCCUUGAAGUGCCGAACUUACUAAAAAAAUUAAACGGAAAGAAGACAAAAUGAUUUGGAAUAUUCAUUAUUUGGUGUGGACUUAUAAAAAUAAACUAUCCAAGCCUUCAAC